UUCUCCUCCGAUGGCGCAUUAUUCCGCAUGCCCUUCACGGAAUAGAAACCGAACUGAAGAAAGUCAUCAAAGCCCGACAGAACUCUCCCCCUCGGAAUGAUUUAAUGCAGUCGCUUCUCGAAUCUCACGAGGUAAGCACAGACAGCAGGGCUCUGACCGCGCGGGGAGACACCGUGGAUGAUCAGAAGCCUUCCAGGACCGUAGCCGUCCAGCUGACGACAGAUGAAGUAGUGGGCAGCGCCAUAACGCUGUUUCUGGCUGGCUCCGAUACGACGAGCACCGGACUCGGAUUCCUCCUCCACUGUCUCGGGAAAUACCCCGACGUACAGCAGCGUUUGCGAGACGAAAUCGAAGAAGCCCUUGAGCGCUGCGGAGAGAUCACCUACGAAGUUGCGAUGAACCUCAAGUACAUGGACCGAGUGAUUCAGGAGACUUUCCGCCAUCUACCGCCCGUGACGGGAAUAAUAACGAGACGGGCGCUGACGAACGUGGAUAUUUGCGGAACCGGAUAUCCAGCUGGUCUCGCGUUCUAUUUCCCCCCUCAGCGGAUUCACAAGGAUCCCAAGUAUUGGGAUGAGCCCUCGAAGUUCGAUCCGGACCGUUUCCUAAAGCCGCUGAAACAUCCGCUUGCCUACCAGGCUUUCGGCGCCGGACCAAGGAAUUGCGUAGGAAUGAGACCGGCUCUGCUUUUCUUGAAACUCUCUCUGUGCAAACUCAUCCCGGAGUUCGAAUUCAAAUCUGACGAAGAUCCUAAGUGUAGAGGAGUGAUGAUAGUGACACAUGCGGAACGCAUCAUGAUAGCCGUGAAGCAUCUGAAAUAGGAGCUCUCUCAGAAUAGAACA